CGACGCGCGCUCAAAGCCACAGCGUGGUGGACCUUCCGGCCUCGAUAGAGCGCUGUACAACUGGCGCAGACCGCUGCGAUUUGGUCGCGUCGAGCCGUCUCUCUGCCAGACGCCUCUACAAGCCAGGAACCGCUCCACGACCGUCUGCGCUGUUGCCGCGCGCGCGGUUGCGUACGUCGCGCGUAACCGCUCCCCGCGACUGCUCUGCGCUUGCGCAGCCGCUGCGAACCGUAACCGUCACGCGCCUUGCGAGCCAGGCGCCUGGACGCGAGUGAACGCGCGAAACGAUGCCGCUCACGCUCGCUCAGCAAGCGAGGAUCGCGAAGAAGAAGCAGGACGCUCUGGAUCGCAAGCGUCAGAAGGAGGCCGAGCGCGAGGCGAAGCGCGCGCGCCACGAGGAACAGGAACAGGCCGCCGCCCCGGCGCCGGCACCGGAGGUCCCGCGCGGCCUGCGUGCGCAUAAUGGUGUGGGCCUUCGGGAAGCUCCGCUGCAUGCGAGAAGGCGGAGCGUGCCGGUCCGCCGCUUUUCAGCCGAGGCCGAAGACGAGCCUGCCGCGGCUCCGCCGGCGCCGGCGGCCCCGCAUCCAUCGCCCGCCGCUGCGAGUGUCCCAGCGCCUGCUCCUGCAGUUCCGCCGCCGGCCGGCGGCGUCGCGGCGACGCCGUCGAGCGGCGCCAUGGCGUGGGUGUUAGCUUCCGAGUUAGCGGCGGCCGAAACGCCGGCGGCGCCUCCCGCGCCGCCACGAGCCGUCACAGAGUCGCCGCCGUCGCCGCCCGCUGCGGCGCGCGAGCCGGUGCCACCACCGGCUUCGCCGUUGCGAUUCGACGAGGCCUCCGAUGAUGACGGCGCGGCGGCGCGGAAUGCUUCCGAUGACGGCGCGGCGGCGGCGGCGCCGGAGCCAGACGCCUCCGACGACGACUCUGUGGUCUUCCUCGGCAGCAACGGCGCCGCGCAAGCGCCAGAACCGGUUCCAGCACCGGUUCCGGCGCCGGCUCCGGUGCCGGCAGAAGAAGAGGGUCCACGAUGCGGGCACGGCAAGCUAGCGACGGAGCACUGUCCCCAAUGCGCUGCCUUUCUGGCCUACGAAGCGUCGCACGGCAUGUUGGUACUGGAUCAAUCACUCGCGGCCGAGGGCGCGCCGCCGCCCCCGUCCCACGUCAUUGUUGGAAAACCUCGGACCUCGUUAGACAAAGCUGAGGAGUGUGUGGUGUGUAUUUGUGUGGAAAUCAACGCACGAAGGCGCCGGGAAAUUUUGAUUUCUACACAGGUUUGCAUGGACAACGUCGGGUCUCAAGUCCUGAACCCGUGCGCCCACCGCGUCUGCGACGGCUGCGCGAAGAAGCUCGGUGAAUGCCCGAUGUGUCGCCAGAAGAUGGUCGGGUUCCGCGGCGGCGCGGCGUUCAUGCCCGUCGGCAGCCCGGAAGGGCGCGCCAUCGUGGCGGCGGCGCGCGGCGAGGUCGUUCCCGCGCCGGCGCCGGCGGCGGCGCCCGCGCCGCGACGAACAAAGCCGCGCAACGUCCUCGAGCGCUGGGUCGGC